GCGGCGACCAACGCGGCUACGGGAAAGGCGAGCGAGGCGGCUGCCCGGCCGGUUGUCGGCACGCACCCGCUCCCCGCCGAUCGCAGUCCGGCAAGGAGGUCGCUGCCUGCCCCGCGGGGCCCGACGCCAGCGCUCCGGGCAGCGGCUCUAGGGCCGGGCCGCGCGUGCGCCAAAAAGUCGCGCGCCACGGUCCCCAGCGAGGACCGGGACCGGCCGCGCCCGGGGCGCCCAGAACCCCGAGGAGCCGGGCAGAGUCCGACGGACCCGCGGCCGCGAUGCCGGACGAGCUGACGGAGCCCGGGCGCGCCACGCCGGCCCGCGCCUCCUCCUUCCUCAUCGAGAACCUGCUGGCGGCCGAGGCCAAGGGCGCCGGGAGCGGGGCCCAGGGCGGCGGCGGCCGCGAGGAGGAGGAGGACGACGACGACGAUCCGGAGGACGAGGACGCGGAGCGGGCGAGGCGGCGGCGGCUGCAGCGGCGGAGACAGCUGCGCGCGGGCUCCGGGCCGAGCGGGGAGGCGCGGGCCCGCGCGCUGCUUGGGCCGGGCGCUCUGGGCCUCGGUCCCCGGCCGCCCCCGGGUCCCGGGCCGCCGUACGCGCUGGGCUGCGGCGGCGCCGCGCGGUGGUACUCGCGGUCUCACGGAGGCUACGGAGGCGGCCUCAGCCCUGACACCAGCGACCGGGACUCACCGGAGACAGGCGAGGAGAUGGGCCGCGCAGAGGGCGCCUGGCCGAGGGGCUCCGGGCCGCGAGCGGUGCAGCGAGAGGCGGCGGAGCUGGCGGCGCGGGGACCGGUGGCCGGCGCGGAGGAGGCGGCGGAGCUGGCCGAGGCCCCCGUGGCGACGGCGGCGGCCGGGGAGGCCCGCGGCGGGGGCGGCGGCCGCAAGAAGAAGACGCGCACCGUCUUCUCGCGCAGCCAGGUCUUCCAGCUCGAGUCCACCUUCGACCUGAAGCGCUACCUGAGCAGCGCCGAGCGCGCCGGCCUGGCCGCGUCCCUGCAGCUCACCGAGACGCAGGUCAAGAUCUGGUUCCAGAACCGCCGCAACAAGUGGAAGCGGCAGCUGGCGGCAGAGCUGGAGGCGGCCAGCCUGUCCCCGCCGGGCGCGCAGCGCCUGGUCCGCGUGCCGGUGCUGUACCACGAAAGCCCCCCCGCCGCCGGGGCCGCCGCCGCAGCCGCGCUGCCCUUCCCGCUGGCCCCCGCCGCGCCCGCGCCGCCCCCGCCGUUGCUCGGCUUCUCCGGGGCUCUCGCCUACCCGCUGGCCGCCUUCCCGGCUGCCGCCUCCGCGCCCUUCCUGCGGGCGCAGAUGCCCGGCCUGGUGUGAGCAUCCCCGACCUGCCGGGCCCACGCCUCGAGGCCAAUCGGGACUUGUGCGGACGCGCCCCCCCGGGGCGUGGCGGCGGCGGUGGAGCUUGGAGGCCUUCGGUCGAUCCGGGGUUAGGGGGCGCUCCGGUGGACCCACUGCGCCUCCGGAGCGCAGGCUGCUGCCUCGAAGGCCGUGCCUACGCCUGUCCGAGGAAAGGCCAGAAUGUAACAGAGACGCAGGUGAUUGUGGCUCCAUAGACAGUCGCUAGGCUGGGUCCCCGCCGGGAACACAGCAUCACAGACAGUCGGCCCUGCAGCCCAGGGCCCUCCCCUCCCGAGGACAGGCCUCAACCUCUGAGCAAACCCAGCUCGCACCCCUCCGGAGCCAGCAGCUGGGCGCAGUCCACAGCAAAUCCAGGCUGCCCAAGAUGCUUUGUGGAAGGGCCCACUCUUCAGGCACAAUGACCCUGCCCCGGACUAUG